UGUAUACACACAGACUUUUGCUGCUGGCAUUGCGCAUACGACAAGUGGUGCGGAGUCCAGCACACACAGCUAUAUAAAGAGAACAGCUGAGGCAUUACAAUUUAAUAGGCGUUUUGUGUCGCUACCCAACGGAUCGGAAAACAACAUGUUUAUAAAAACCUGCCUGCUGCUGCUCCUCUGCGGCAUUGUGUCGCUGUCCGCCCACGGUUACGAGGGGUAUAAGAUUUACGACAUCAAUGCACGCAACUCCUUUGAGAAGCAGCUACUGCUGCGCCUCGCCAAUAAUGACGAUUACGAUUUCUUUGAUAUGCCACGCUCUCUGGAAGCUGCCACACGCGUCAUGGUGCAGCCCAAGGAUCAGGAGGCAUUCGAGCAGACUCUCCAAAGAUUCUCUGUGGAUUAUAUGGUGCUGGAUGAGAAUAUGGGCAACACACUGCAACAGGACCAGCUGGAGAAUAAGAGCCAACGUUUGAUGUCGCAACGUGGUGCUGAUCGUAGCAUCAGUUUCACUGCCUUCCAUCGUCAUGCGGAGAUCAACGCCUAUCUGGAUGAACUGGCCAAGGCCUAUGCCAGUCGCGUUCGUGUCGAAACUGUUGGCAAAUCGUAUGAAGGGCGCGAUAUAAAGACCAUUACCAUCUCAAAUGGUGAUGGCAAGAGUGGCAAAAAUGUCAUCUUUCUGGAUGCUGGCAUUCAUGCCCGUGAGUGGAUUGCACCAGCGGGCGCACUCUAUGUCAUCUAUCAGCUGGUGGAGAACUUUAUACCCAACGCCGAUCUGCUAAAGAACUAUGAGUGGGUCAUUUUGCCCGUGGUCAAUCCCGAUGGUUAUGAGUACACGCACACCGACUCACGCAUGUGGCGCAAGACCCGCAAGCCAGCGGGCACCUGCAAAGGCACCGAUGGCAAUCGUAACUUCGACUUCCACUGGGGUGAGGUUGGCGCCUCCAGCUCCUCCUGCGCCGACACCUAUAAGGGCCAAACUGCCUUUUCAGAGCCCGAAACGCAGAUUGUUCGCGAUUUGCUGCUCGGCUUGACUGGACGUGGCAAAUUCUAUCUGACACUGCACUCGUAUGGCAACUAUUUGUUGUAUCCAUGGGGCUGGACAUCGGAUUUGCCCAGCAGCUGGCGUGCUCUUGAUGAGGUUGCCCAGGCGGGUGCUGCUGCCAUUAAGAGCUCGACCGGUACCAAAUACACCGUGGGCAGUUCCACCAAUGUACUAUAUGCCGCUGCUGGUGGCAGUGAUGAUUAUGCCUUUGCCACUGCCAAGUUCCCAAUAUCCAUUACCAUGGAGCUGCCUGCUGGUGGUACUGGUUUCAAUCCAAGCACAGCACAAAUUCUGCCAUUCGUCACAGAGACCUGGACUGGCAUUAAGGCCAUGGCCAAGGUUGUUCUUAACAAAUACUAAAUACCGCCCAAUCACUGCAAAAAUAUAUUAACGAUAUUUUACAUUUGAA